CCCCACCGCCGUAUCCUUCUCUGAGGCAAUUGCCUAAAGAUUAACGCUGUUGCAUUAAAAGAGGUUUCCCCAACCUGCUUUCCUCCAGACGUGUCGGACGACAUCUCCCAUAAUCCCCCGUCACCGCAGCCUUUGGCUGACUGGGAAUUCUGCGAGUCGUUCGAGCCCUCUGGAGGCCACCUAGGUCGGGGGAAGGGGGGCAGGAGAAGGGAGCAGCCCGGCGGCAAAGGCCAUUCAUUCAUUCGUUCAUUGUGCGUGGGUUUCGCCGCUCUCCUUCUCUUCCAAAGCCUCGCACUGUCUGCGUACAGGACGGCGGCGUCUGCGUAUUACUUGCGCACCGACACGUGUAAGUGCGCCAAUCCCUCGGGUGGGACCGACUUUCGUCAGGAGAGGGAAAGCUUGGCGCCCCUCUUUCCACUCCCGAGAUUGUAUGGCGCCCCUGCCAAGGCUGCCGCCCUUCAUCCCGGGGAGGCGAAGAGCGCCGGCUCUAAAUUGCUCCGUCGCGAGCAUCGCCCGCAGCCGGGCGGGAGGAGACGGGCGCUGUCUCUUUAAGGCUGCAGCGCGUCGCCGGAGAACAGAGCGCUCCAAUCCCACCCCGCCGCUGUCAAUCAGCCGGCGGCAGCUUUGAUGUUGAAAAUCUUUGGCUAGGACUCUCCAGUGUUCUUCCCGAGUCGCGCACUUUACAGCGCUGGCUCGGCUGCUGCUCGGGAUUUCUUUCUUUCUUUCUUUCUUUCUUUCUUUCUUUCUUUCUUUCUUUCUUUCUUCUUCCCCCCCCCCCCAGCAAAAGUCGCCGGCGUUGCUGCUCCCCAGUUAGGCUAGCUGGCUGGCUGGCCGGCCGGCUGCCGCUUAGUCAAACUUUCCCGGGGCUGGGGAAGGAGGGGCACCCAAGACCGCGGGAGGGAAGCGGUGGAUCGUUGCCUCGACCCCUCCGGUUGCCUUUCCAGCCUUGGAUCGCAAGCAUUAGCCCCCACCCCCCACCCUCCCUAGACUAGCGCUCCAGCGAGAGUUGGGUGCCAGGAUAUAUACCGGGUCAGGAGCCGGCUAAACGUUUUGCCUCCUCUCCAAGAAAGAAAGGAAGGGGAGCCGGGAGCCUCCUUUCCCAGCGUCGCUCCGACGCACCACUUCGCGCUUCCCUGGCGCGGCUUGGGAAGAAAAUGCCCCAACUCAGCGGCGGAGGCGACGACCUGGGAGCCAACGACGAGAUGAUCGCCUUUAAGGACGAAGGUGAGCAGGAGGAGAAAAUCCAGGCCAACGUCUUCACCGAGGGGGACCUGGCUGACCUCAAAUCAUCCCUGGUGAACGAGUCGGAAAGCAGCAGCAGUGGCGGCAGCAACCGACAGGCGUCCAACCCAGCAGCAACCGUGGCCGGAGCCGCCGCCGCCGCCGCCGCCGGAGCCCAUCCCGAGGCAAUCCGGCGGCUGCAGGAGCCCCAGAGGGUCUACGCGGAGAAACUCCAGGAUCACUUGGACGAGGGUUUAAAACAUCAGGACCCAGGGAUGUAUAAAGGAUCUCCUUAUUCUGGAUACCCUUUCCUCAUGCUGUCUGAUCCUUACCUGCCAAAUGGAUCUAUGUCACCUUUGUCUAACAAGGUUCCCGUAGUACAGCCAUCUCAUGGGGUCCAUCCACUCACUCCACUCAUCCCAUAUACCAAUGAACAUUUCAGCCAUGGCUCCCACUCACCACACCUGCCAGCCGACAUCAACCAGAAACAAGGUGUACACCGUCCUUCUCAAACAUCAGAUAUUUCUGGUUUUUAUUCCCUCCCUCCCAGUGGGGUUGGACAGAUAACACCUUCUGUGGGAUGGCAGAGCCAGCCUGUCUGCCCUUUCCAGUCAUGUGGAUUUAGACAGCCCUAUACGUCGGCGCUCUCUGCUGGGGCUACUUUCUCCAGGAUUACGCAUCCUUUGAUGCUUAGCUCUGGAAUGCAUGCGACAGGCCUCCCACACCCAGGCAUCACAUCUCCAUCUGGGAAACAAGAAAUGGAUCAUUACGACCGAAGCAUGAAAUCACAAUCAGAACCAAAGAGAGAAAAGGAAGCUAAAAAGCCUACCAUCAAGAAGCCUUUGAAUGCUUUUAUGUUGUACAUGAAAGAAAUGCGGGCAAAGGUCAUUGCUGAAUGCACCUUGAAGGAAAGCGCCGCGAUCAACCAAAUUUUAGGAAGACGGUGGCACGCAUUGUCACGGGAGGAGCAAGCCAAGUAUUAUGAACUGGCCCGCAAGGAAAGGCAGCUUCACAUGCAACUCUAUCCUGGCUGGUCUGCAAGAGAUAACUAUUCUUCUUCAGGCUCUCCAUCCCGUGAUCACAUACAGUUUAAUUCAGGGCCCCUGGAAUUCAGCAGCACUUCCUGGCCAGCUUCUGCGGCAAGGGGAAAAAAGAAAAGACGAACAAGAGAAAAGCAGCAAGACUCCAAUUCAGAUCCUGCCUCUCCUAAGAAAUGCAGAGCUCGUUUUGGCCUCAACCAACAAAUGGACUGGUGCGGCCCAUGCAGGAGGAAAAAGAAGUGCAUUCGGUACCUACAAGGAAAAGGACACUGCUCCAGCCCAAUUUCUUCCAAUGGAAGUACUAUAGAUUCCCCUCCCUCCCCUUUGGAUGUGCUCCAGUGUACAUCCCCUGCUUUUAUUCCAAACAAGCUCGCUGCUCCUGCUGAUCUUAUACACCAAAACCAAGCCAAUCCUUCUUCUUUAUCUGCACAUCUCAAAACUGCUACAAUCACAUCGGGACUUCCUUCUAAAUAUUCAACAGUGCCUCAUAAAUCCAUAGUGCCAAGUGAAUCCUCAGGGUGCAAUAUGGUAUCAAUAGGAACAUAGUACUAAUGUGACAAUAAGGCGCACAGAUUCAUCAGGCACUUUGCUGAUUGGUUCUGCCGCAUACAGAAGCUACAGAGAGACAACUUCAGCGUGCCAUCAAAUGGUAGUCUUAAAGUCAGUCAAAAGCCAAAUCAAAAAACAACAGUACUGCAGCACUAAAAGUGUUGUCUAAGUAAGGACAGCAACAGUCUCUUUGAAAAGUAUGAAGAUAAACUUAAUUCUGGUCAGUAAUUGAAUUACUUAAUUCCUUUUCCAACUGAGAUAAAAACAAAAUACACUGAUUUAAUUGCAGAUGAGAGAUGCUACAAACAUUAAGGCAUUUAUUAAACUAUUAUAGUCAAAAUCCUGAGUUUCAGCCAUCCAAUAGAUAUUACACAUUACAAAACCAGUAUUGAGUGACAAGCUCAAAUGUUCCACAGAAAAAGUAUAAAGCAACUUUUAAGAAACUAAAAUAUUUAAUUAUGCCUCAUCUUUGGGAUCAAGGGAGGAUGGCAUUAAUAAAUGUUUAAUCCAGCAGCUUUAUUAGGUGAUAAAAUAGGAGAAAACAUUGGCUGUGAAAGUCUGUCUAGUAUUCCAGGCAUAGGGCUGUGUGCAUCACAAUUUUUUAGCUGUAAAGAUUUUUUUAUGCUAUCUACUGUAAAAUAUGCAAAACUCAAAAAUACUUAUUUUUCACAGGUUACCGUGCUUUUGCUAUGUAAUGAAUGGGAAAUAAGAAAAUGAUAUAAGUUGUGCCUCUAUAAUCACUAAAAAAAUUACUCUGCAGUCUUUGUGGCUUUUUAAAACCUUGCCAAGAUAUACCCACCAUCUAUUUCAAGCCAAUUGUGAUAGCACACUCUACCUAUAGAAUCAUUUCUACAACUGCAAUAUUGAAGCCUAGUCAUAUUCUUCAUUCUCUGUAUCCCUUUUGUCUGUUCUACAGGGAAGAUAUUUAUUUGAAAGUUAUACGCUUCCCCAGAGCCCAAUUCAUUUUCAGUGCUAAGUAAAGUUGAUUGCUUUGAACUUUAACCAUGUAAUCCACACAGAUGGUCCCUUUCUGGUGCUUACUUUAGGGAUAGUAGUUUUCUCAGAGGACAAAUUUAGAGUCACACAUUGAUACCAACCAAUCCCAACAUACUGAGAUAACAUCAAUGGAAGUGCUGAGCUACUGGACAAAGGAUAGGAAAAUUCAUAAUGUGGAGUAGCUGAAAUGGGUGAGUCACUUCAUUAUCAAUGAUAAAGUAGAUCCCUAUCGCCUUUACAAUGGUAUUUCAACAAACCCUACAUUAACCUUUCUGGAAAUCAAAGGAAGGUUGCAAAAUAACAGCCCUGAAGUGUUUGCAACCCACUUCUCUAACUUUAUGGACUUGAAACUAAAUCACUUCACUCCAUAUGAAAGGACCUUAAUAAAUCUGAACACGGGUGUGAGCAUUAACAUGACUGGCUAGCAUGGACAAAGAAUAUAUAAUUCCCUUUUUUUUCCUCCUAUGAUAUUUUUUCUAAUGUGGCAUGAACUGACAUUAAAACCCAUUAAUUCACCACUCGUAGAGCAUGACAGAUUACUAGCCCAAACAUGUCUCUUGCAGAAGUUGUGAGCAAAUGAAUGAUUAGUGGUUUCUCUUAUAAUACAUCUUAAACUCACUGCUGUAAUCACUGUUACGGUCGAUGAAUCAAAAGUAACUUUUUCAAUCAACAAACCUUGUAACUAAGGCAAUCUCAUAAAAAUCUAGCCUUUAUUUGGAAUAAGAGAUUUUUCAAUUAAAGACUGAUUUUGCAUUA